AUGGCCAGAAAAAUCACCGAUCUCGACAAGCGAGGCGACCUUAUCUUAAGGUUCAGUACCCCUUAUACAAAGGAUCUACGUAUCUGCUCCAGAACUCUGGCGCGCGCUUCAGUCAUCUUCGAAAAGAUGCUCUUCGGUCCCUUCAAGGAGUCCCAGAAGGAGGGCGAAGAGUGGAUCGUUGAGCUCCCUGAAGACAACCUUCUGCCAAUGACUACCGUCCUGGCUAUCGCCCACGGCUGCCACCGAAUCGUCCCAACCCAUGUUACCAUACCCGAGCUAUUCGAAAUUCUGGUCCUUAGCAACAAAUACAGCAUGACGUACCUCUUCCGCCCUUACCUUCGCAGAUGGAUCCCCAGGACCAAGGAUGUCAAGUUCGGCGAUGAUACAUUGAUGUUCGCGUGGAUAACCAGGGAGAUUGGAGCAAAGGAGCUCUUCGAGGGGGCUAUUCUUGAACUGGCCAGGUAUCGCGCUAACGAUGGCAAAAUUGGCUUCUGCAUUGGGAAUAAAGACGAAGACAGGGACUCUGUUUACAACGCUCAAAUCAGAUUCUCCGGUAUUUUGGACAUUAUCGCCGUAACGCAAAUGGCCUUAUUGAAGGGCGUCCUGGAGCCAGUACGAGAAGCAGCGAGGCAAGCUUUGAGCAGCCAAGUAUGCAACAAGUACUCUUCUAGAAAUCAUAAGGCAAAAGAAUGUGCGGAUUUGUUACUUGGCUCGUUGAUCAGAGAGUGCAAGUCGAUCGGCAUCGAUCCGGGCAUUACCUGUUUGACAGAUGAACUGGCGAGCUACCCGCACUCUGUCAACAAAGUCUAUUGGACUGUCAACCUGAUGAGAUUGCACACACUUCCAGGCCAUGAUGAGUGCUCUAUGCGCGCCGCCGCCAUGAGGACAGACACACUGAGAGCCUUCACCGAUGACACUGUUAAGAUGAGCCCCAGCCAGCAAGAGUACUUCCAGAAGCAAGCUGAAAUCUCAGGGUGGUACGAGACUCAUUGA